CAAAAGGUUUGUCUGCCCACUGGAGUCAAGCAAUCCAGUCCAAGGUGGAAGAUCCCACUGGAGUCUGUAUUGGGAAGCUGAAGGAUCUGCACCGGAAGUCUGAAAAGUCUGGGCUGGAAGGGUGAAUUCAAGCUGCAAGGCUGGAGACAGACCUCCAAAGAUGAAGGAUAUGACUGGAGCUCCUCCAAAGAACUAAAGGCCAGACUUCUGUCUUCUUUCCCUUUUUACUCUGCUCACAAUACAAGCUUAGCAGUUGGUGCUAUUCACUCCCAGGGUGGGGUCUUCUGUCUUCAGUGAGUCCAUCAUUCAGUCGCACUCAGAACUCUGCCAACCCUCUCAGGAUGUCAAUGGAUAUUAUAAAGGGAAACCUAGAUGGAAUUUCAAAACCAGCCUCAAGUUCAAGAACACGUCCUGGGAGCAGGAGUUCAAGUGCUUCUUUAGAGGUGCUUUCACCAGAACCAGGGCCCUGCAAGGUUGAAACUGCAAGCAAGUUGAAUUCUGGUAAAGAGGACAACUCAGAAAGCAGUAAUACAGAGGAAAGAAGAGAUAGUAAGGAUGCUGAAGGCACAAACUACUCUGGGAAAAUAAAACUGGCCAAGGAGGGGUCAGAUGAAGGUCUGGACUUGGUUCAACAUCAGAUAAGCCCUGAGCAUUCAGAUGAACCCAAAUUAAAAGAAUUAGAUUCUCAACUUCAAGAUGCUAUUCAUCAGAUGAACAGACUUGAUAAAAUACUGGCAAAAAAACAGUACAGAGAAAAAGAAGUUAAGAAGCAAGGUGUAGAAAGGCGAGUAAAGCUCUGGGAAGCACUUAAGUCUGCAAAAAAUAGCGAAGCUUUGCAAAGUAAUGAAGAGAUGGAAAAUACAAAAAAAUUUUUAUCUUUGACCACUGCAUCUGAACAAACUGUUGGUCCUUUUCAUUCUGAAGAUGAAGACACUCUUUUCUCAGUGUUUCAUACUCAAGUCCCUCCAGAAUAUUAUGAAAAUGGUAUGCAGAAUGUCAGUCUAGAUUUUACCUAUGAUGUGGAAAGAAAUGAGUCAUUGAUCAAAGCAGAAAAGAAACCUUUCUCAAAAACAGAAAAGAUUGAGCUCAGGGGUAAACACAACCAGGAUUUUCUUAAGCGAAACAUUGAGUUAGCCAAGAAAUCCAGAAGCCCAGUGCCUAUGAGUGACACAGAGAAGAAAAGGCUGGAGGAACUUUUAAAGGACAUAGAUGACAGAGACUCAGGGCUGUCCAGUUCUGAGGGUGAUCGCUGUGGUUGGCUGGUCCCGGGAGAAGGAUAUACUUUUGCAACAAGCGAGCAUGAGCAGCUUGCUAAAAUUGACACAAAGCUUCAAGAACUCUCUGCAGUCUCCCCAGCAGUUUGCAGCUUUUCUCCAAGGCUUGAAAAUGGGAAUGAUCAGGAACCUGACCUUGAUGAUGAAAGAAAUGUAGAAAUAACUCCUGGAGAACAGGUACUUCAAAACACUAAAAAGCAGCGUGAUCAGAAAAAUCAGCUGAGAGAGAUAGAUGAAAAGCUGAGAAAGAUGAAGGAAAAUGUGCUAGAUUCCACAUCACUUCUCUCUGAUGAACAGUUAAAGUAUCUUCUGGAUAAGUGCACAUUCAGACAGAAUUCCAUCACUGCAUGGAUUUCCGAAAGAGAAAAUGAAGAUACUGAGGAUAAGACACCCGAGUCCCCCCAGCUUUCCAGAUCUAUCCUUUCGGAGUUACUAAAUGGAUCAGAUGCAGAAGUCCAGAAAGCAGGGGUGGAAGAUGUCAAUAUGCAAGAGAAUGCAGAAUGUGAAGCUCCCAUGGGUUAUUAUCUCACUAAAGCCCUGGCUGGGCGUUAUAUGUCAGAAGCUCUUGCCAUCGAAGCAGAGAAAAUGAAGUGCCUCCAGUUUUCCAAGGAUGAGGUUAUUAGUAACACGGAAUACUAUUUUAUGUCAAAGACUGUUGGCAUUGGGAGACUGCAAAGGCCUUCUUUUCUGGAUGAUCCACUGUACAGUGUCAGUAGGAGCCUUUCAUUAGAAGACCAGCACCUGCAACUCAACCUUUCUGAGGAACCAACAGCAGAUAAACAGGAGGUGAAAGAGGUGAUGGAAGAAUGUAAAGAAUCUUAAGCAAGGACUUGCUAGGUUGUGCUCUUAAGAAAGUUGGUAAUGAAAUGAAAUUACUUAUUUUCUCUGAAUUCUUUAAAUUCAAUGAAUACUGUAGAGAUUAUUCCCCAAAUAAUGAUUUUGAUAUUUGAAUUUCCUUGCAGAUUACAUUUCCUUGAUACUUUUGAGACUUGGGUUGUAAUUGUGCAGUGGUUUUUCUUCAUUGACAUUUCUGGGAAAUUUAUUUAUAAAUGUAUCACUGAUCUUGGGAUACAUUAUGGAAACGAACAUUUCAAUAUAUGCAUUAUGUUAAGCACAGUGGAAAUGGACUGAUUGCCCUGUAUUUGGUUUUAUAAUGUUUUAGCUUUAUUGUGACUCAGAUUGUGGUUACUAUGGAUUUUUUUUUUCUGGCCUGUUCUUCUUUCUGUCUGUUCAUUGUGUCCUGAUACAGCUUACCUUGGGGAGAAAUGAACUUCCUCAACAGAGCAACAUUAGGGGAGCCUGCAUUAUCUUGUUAGUGAUGAUACUUAUUCAAGUAGAAAUGUGAUGAAUUAUUUGAUAUAUUACUCUCAGUUUGUUAUAUUCUUUCAGCUAGGGCCUUUUAGAACACAGCAAAAAAGACGAACUACUUUUUAAGAAAAGUCUGUAAUAUUUUAAGAAAGGUUUGUUUAAUUAAAUUAUAUGUCAGUUUCCUGGAUUCAUAAGAAAAUUUUAUAUCAACACUUCGUAGGAUGAAUUGACCUUAGAACUAAAAGUCAAAAGUAUUUCUGAUUUGAAAAAUAAGCUGGCUCUUGUACUGCCUUUAAUACAAUUUGGAGCAAUAUAUAUGUGAUAUUGUUAAUAUUUACUGACAUGCUCCUCUAUUGAUGCUGGCUAAUGUUUGCUUAUUGCACUGU